AUGGGAAUUAGCGCGAUCGGAUCUCAGGUAUGGAUCCCUUCGGUUCGCCUCCCCGACACAGAAACAAUUGAAGAUGAGGUGCAGGGCUGCGACUCUCUUCGUCCUUUCUUCGCUGUACCUCGAGCUUCAAGCCUGUAUUCCCACCCAGAAUGUCGACGACGGAGGUUCGAUCUGCCUUUUCACCGCUUUUUUCACCUUCCGUUCUAACGCUUCUUUUCCAAAGAGCUGUUAUGAAAACAAAAAAAAAAUUAUUCGAUGAAAUCAAAUUCUUCAAAACUUUCGAAAAGCGCACUCCAGAAACAGUAUAUUUGAAGAUCUUAAAUCUGAAUCAUAUUUAAAAAUGAGAAUAAAGUAAAAUAUUGAUCGAAAAGAGGUUUAUUGAAUUAUGAUAACUUUAGAAUAUUUUCUCUUUCUUUUUAUUUCGAAUCGGUGUUUGUGAACUGACAGAAUUAUUCAGUCUGUUGAAAAACAUAGUGAUCAAACAUUUUUCAAUUAACAUGGGAGGUCAUUUUGCUUUGCGUUUGGGAAUUUCCUGAAAUUCGGCCAAAACACUUCUUGAUGUACCAGAAAAAGAAGCAAAGCAAAUGGCCUUUCUUAUGAUGCAAAUUAUAUUGUGUUAGUUUUCUCUUAUAGAGGAUUUGAUGAGCUCGUAAGUAAACUUGUCAAGUUUACCAAAAAAAAUCACUUCAGAUUUGCUAGAAAAACAAUUUUUUUGUAAACGUCGUUCUUAAAUUUCUCGAAAGAAAGAUAAAAAACACGAAGCUGCGUGUAUUUCGCUGGGGCACCUCACACUAAAGUCUCAACAGGCAAAAAAACGGAAGAUCUACCAAUUUUUUUUUGUAAAGUAUGAAAAAAAAAGUUGUUUAUAUUUAGAUUCUCAUUCCAAGUUGCUUUCAGGCGAAAAUAUGUCUUCACCUGGUCAGUUAACUUUGAAGAGUUUCAAAAUUCCCUUCACCGCUAGCUUGUCACAAAAAGUUUAUGAGCUACUUUGAAAAUAUGUAGCUUUUUUCGUUCAUUUCUUAGAAGAGUGUUUCGCUCAUUCUUUGAGCAUACACUCAAGCCAGAGGUGAAUCCCGAAAAUCUUCGGAUAUCUGAUGAAAAACUUUGCAUGCUGCGAAUAGCAACAGAGGGUAUCUGACAACGGAGCAGAAACUCCAAGAAAAAGAGGUCUCUUUUAACGAAUUGUUUACUAUUUGAACAAAACCUGAUGAAAGCAUUGAAAAUAUUUUCUAUAACCUUUCUCUUUCCUGACCUUUCUUUCAAAAAAUAUUAUCCGGUCAAAAACAAUAAACACCGGCUGUCCGACCGUAGUUAGAUGAAAAAAAAGAGUCACUUUGAAAAAUGUGUAAUGCGCUCCAUAUCGUUUGACCGCCUCAUGGAGUAUCAAGUCACACAGUUCGAUUUUCACAGCUUUCUUGUCAGAUACUCACUGAUGGACUUGAAAUCAAUUUUGAUACUAACACAAAAGCUUGGCGGUACCUUCGCGAAAGCCAGAACUAACAGCCGGGAAAAAACGGUGGCUUUUGAGUCGGGCAGGCGAAUGGCUUGGGUGGAUCCGGCGCUGCGACAACUGCUAGCUCUGCUACCACUGCUUCCACGAGCGCAACGUCUAGUGAUUCUGCAACAAGUACGACGUCUCCGAGUUCAUUAACAUCUAUAACAGCGGUCCAAACAACACCUAGUACUCCAGCUAUGACAACGACACCCUCAACAACUACAACGUCCACUACAUUUCCGAUAACGGCGGCUUCUCGUAAGUUGUUUAAAAGAUUUGAUCAAGAUUGUGAUUGGUUCAGCAUGUACGGCCUGCACUAACAUUUAUUCUACUACCUGCUUGAGCAACGAUCCCACCGAAAAGUGUGCCUCUUACAACGAUGCCGCCGUUGCCUACGAGCUCAUCCCUAUACCUUUCACAGCCGGUAGAUGCACGUGAGUUCAACCAUAACCGGAACUAAUCAUUAAUUUUUUUUUUUCUCAGAAUGGGACUGGCUUGUCCUCUCGGGACAGCCCUUUUCGUCACUCCUAAAGCGACGGGAAAUAGGAUCCUUUUUGGAGGCGCUAUCAUACUGACGUGCGAGGAAGAUGUGGGCGUCUGGGUGCUCGGCGUCGCUCCCGUUGGAUUUGAUAUCACCGGACUUACCUGUCUGAAUAUCAUACCUUGAAGAAAUCGCCAAGUCGUUAUUACAUUGUCAAACUUACUUGUCAGACCUUUUUCAAAAACAUGUUUCGUCAAAAGUAAUCUGUAGAUGUCAGAACAUUUCCACAUUACUCUCAUUUUGUCUUGUUGUAGAACUAUUGGACCCUUUUAGUUCAAUCCUUUUAGUUCAAUCUUGAUCCAUCCGUACAAAUUUUAUUCAAAGGUAGAGGCCAGCUUUAACUUUUUAAUAACCAAUUUUGAUGCAAUUUUAUUUAUUAAGGCGGGUUUAUGCUGCAAAAAGGUUUUCAAAAACAUUUCAUGAAUAUGAUAAAAGUUGUCAAUGUUUUCAAUGAACACUCAAAAGUCUUUAUUAUAACAGUGAAAAGAAAAUUUUCAAAGAGAAGCGACAGUUGGGAUUGAUCAGUGAUUAGUAAAAAGAAUGCGAAAAGAUUAUCGCUUUAGUAUUUGGUAAUUAUUUUUCAAAAAUAAGGUGAGUUUUCGCUUUUUUCAAAUUCCCAAAAAGCUCAAAUCAGAAACUGAGCCUUGCGAAUAUAAAAAAAGCUUAGAAAAAUUCCUUUCAGAAUGUUCUACUAAAAUCCACCUGAAGUGGACCCGCUUAGAAAGGAUCAAUACGAAACGGGAAGGAUUCUCGCCGCUCGGGAAAAAUUAAAGCAAAACUUAAAAUGUCAAAUCAUCUAAAGAUUCGCUCGACUCGGAAUCCAACACUAAGAGCCUUUCAGAGUGCGACUACACCGUUUCAAGUCAGGGACACAUGAAUGAAUCGGAAAGUCCUAUGGUCGUUUUUUUUAAUCAGGCGAAAAAAAGAUGAAAAACAAAGUUGUAUUUAUUUGGCGAGGGGCAAUAAAACAUACCGUGCCUGGUUUUUGACCCAAGUUUGCGACUCGUGCGCAAUCUGGUGACUUGGGAAGCGACACCCACCGUCACUUCUCCAAUACCCGUUCCUCCACGGCUUCUUCUCUUCCCAUCUUCCCGCUUUAUCACCGUCUCACCUUUUCAUCGCUUUUUGUAAGUUUUAUAGUUACGAUGAACAACUUUUUCGAGAAUGAAUAUUUCUAACAGCGUAAGUUUGAAAUAAUGUGAGGAUUUUUUUAAAAAUAUUAACUUGAAGAUAGUUUGAAGAGGAUAAAUCAUCUCAAGAUUUUUCACGAGAUUCAGAAAGUUAUGUUAAAAACCAUUAUUGUGAAAUGUUUCAAGUUUAUUUCAAGUUUACCAACGGAAUGCACCUUUCAAAACCAUGAACAGGUUCUAAUUUCGCAAGAAAGUUUGUAAACGUUGAUCCUCGGGAUGAGUUUUUCUGAAACUUGAUUUUUCACUUUGUUUCAUCCAUUAUGAUAAAUACGACAUAGGAACGUUCAAAUUGCAGGAAAAAAUUAGAUUACGAAAUAAAAUCAACAAUUUGUUUGAUUAAAUAAGUACCUGAUUCCGAAACGCUCAAAAAUUUAUCUUUUUAUCGCUGAAUUUCAAAAAAAAAAAAUCUUAACUAACUAGGGAACUACUCGGACUCGGGUACGCGUUUCGAGUUGAAACUUUGGUGGCUCAUAGACCCGGGUAAGAGUACUUGAAAACAAGAGAGAUUAUCUGCUAAACCCCAUAGGCUUUUGAGAAAAAGCUUCUUGAAAAUGAACAGUUUAGGCUUGAAAAUUAUCAAAUUUUUGCUUUCCUCCUUCUUUUGACUGAAAAAAUCUGGAAAUGUCCAUGCCUAAUUUUCACAUUUUCUACUAAUUUUUUCUCAGUUCUCUAUCGGGUUUAGCAGAUAUUCUCUCUUGUUUUCAAGUAUUCUGACUUGGGUCUAUAAAUCACUAAAGUUUGAACUCGAUCCGCAAAUACGAGUUCGAGUAGUUCCUAGUAAGUAAAGUUACUUUCCUAAUCAAGAAAUCUCAAAACAAAAAAAUUCUCUAACCAUGUUCAGGGGCGAGUUCAACAAGUUUCCUCAAUACCAGUUUUAUAUCGUUCAUCGAAAUUAUCGCCAUUACUCGUUUACUAUAAAUUCGCCUUGUUUUUGCAAAUGCGUUACUUUUUUUCAAAGCAAUUCGUUUUUUGAAUGCAAAGUUUAGUAACGUGAUGAUUUUUUCUUUUGAUAAAUAAUCCCUAAAGAGUAAACUAGGUCAAGAUCACCAACUUUUUUUAAAUAGAAUUUUAGCGAAAGUCUAACUCUGUCCAAAAAAAAAAAAUUUAUGACAAGAUUGAUUAUUUAAUUUAACAGAACAUUCAUAUUCUGAUCUUCCAAUUUUUUACAUUAAAAACAUCUUACAUUUCUUACUAUACAGAACUUCGUUCUAUGCGAAGGCAAAUUAUAACCGUUCAUGUUUCUAUUCAAAGUUAGUCAUUUAUUUUUGUAGGAAAGUUUUUUUGAUACUUUCUAUUUUGUUUUUUUCUUUCGAAAAGACUUUGGAAACAAUUAUGUUAAAAAAAUACGAUUUUUACUUGAACCCCCUUUGAUCUAAUAAUAAUGAUAAUAAUAGGUUCAUUUUAAAUCAUUGACUCGAUACUUCUACCUGAGAAAUUAAGUCUUUUUAUUAAAUUCUUUUUAUAAACAAGGUGAAUUAAAGAGUUAACUUUCUGAAUUAAAUUUUCUUUUGCAACCAAAUAAUCAUGGUAGGGCGCAUGCAUGCGCAGCUCGAAGAGCUAAAUAGACAAAAUCCGGGCAAACAAAUUAGAAAACCGAAAGAUGAAUGUGGACGUGAGUCUUCAGACAUUUUUACCGUAACCGAGUAGUGGAGCAUGACGGAACGGGGCCUGGAGCUCCGUUGAGCUUCUUAUCAUCGCCUGAUACCGGGUCCAGCAUUCAGAGACUAAUCUUCUCAUUGUCAGCAGAUUGCAUCAAAUUCGGUGCUCUCGACGAAUUGCCCUCGCUGACAAAAGAGCCCUAUCGGCGUCGCUGCAAUCAGCUCAGGCGUCACAGGAUGACUAUUGGAGAACGAACAAAGAGGUCGGCUCGGUAUAUAAGGUCGGCUCCCACCGUUCCUAGCACCUCUCACAGCUUCCUCAUACUCCUUCCCGGAUGUUUCCAAUCUUUCUAAACUCACUAACGCCUUCACUCAAGAUUCGCUCUCUAUUCACAUUUCCAAUAGACCUUUUAGGGUUUUCCUUCUCAAAUAUUAUACUAUAUUUAAUAUAAGCCUAGGAAAACUAUAGAGACCUCUAUCUCUUUUUUUUUAAAGCCCUUUUUCGCUACUCGUGAAAAAACCUUAUUCAAAUGUUCUCACCAGCCAGCUUUGAACUCUAGGAAAAUUGUUCGCUUUUGGCUCAAACUGUGACACUUUUUAAAAGUUCUGGCAUCUUGCAGAUUUGUACUUCAUGAAACUGUGUUUUAGAUUUCCUCAACUUAAGCUGUCUAUAUUUUGAUGAUUUCCGAGAACUUUGAUCAAAUCAAAUAUCUUCGGAAGAGAUUCAAAAAUCCCCCGAUUUACCUUUGCUUGUAAAUAAGCUAAAUUCGGUAAUAUUUCUUCGAGAGGGAAGUUCUAUGAGUUCUCGAGACACUGGAAACUUCAAGAUCACGGAUAUUAUCAGCGGAAAUGACUUUCAACUUUCGUAGACAAUAUUUUAGGAGAAAACACGUAUAACGAUAACAGAUGAAAUAGACUCUAGCUUUCCAUUGUCUUUCCUACUGAUAACCCGACUGAUAAGAAGCUCGCAUAAAUUACCCCGACGAUGGCCCAAAGAGCCACUUUUUUGUGAAAGGCAACUGUUUCCACGAAACGACGACAGCAGAAUUGGCUGAUCGUAUCGUUAAGGGUCGUGCGCUCGUUUACCAUCGCUGAUUUACGACUCGACGCGUUUCCUCCUUGUUGGGACAGUUCGCCUUUCUUCAGGCGACGGCGUCAUUAUCUCAGCAGCUUCUUUUUUCGCUGUAUUUCACCACGCCUUUCCCUUUUCUCGAGCAAUCUUCAGUUUCCAGACGCUUUUCGACGCAUACUUUUUGAGAAUAUUUCUCAUCGAUAACGAUGGAGAGAGGGUGAGACUGAAAAAUCAAAGAAUUUUUUUCACCGCUGUUCAUUCUCAACUAGUUUUAUUGGGGCUUGAGGAAGGUUUUCGGAAGACGUCUGCUUCCAUUAACAACGUCAAUGGUGUUCCUGAGACGGGUUCCGUAGGGUUAUGUGCUCCAAAGACAAUUGCUUGCUUUUUUCGCUAUUGCAUCCAUGGGAAACGAUCUGCUCGACUCUCUCGAAACGAUUCGUCACACGCGCCAAUAAUUCCCACGCCGCCAGCUUUGCGUUUUUCUUGCUGCAUUUGCCAUAUCCGCUUACCUCCGGUAGUUAUCCCCAAGAAAGGCUAAGCAUAUCCGCGAAUUAUUCAUGGCCUGCCUGGCCGCGUGACGUCACUCUCACGUCGUCUAUAAAUUGACCGCCUUCUGAGAAGCUUGCAAAAAUGAGACGCCGUUGCAGCUUCGACCAGUCGCUACCGAGCAAGAUGCCCGCCUACAAGAACGAGAACGAAAGUGGAUUCCUGUCGUCAGAUGCCGGCAGCGAACACUCUGACGAUUCCGAGAAGCAGGUAAACAAUUUUCUUCUUCUUCCCAAGUUUUGAGUAACCACUGUUAUUCUGUGAACUUUCAGCUUGCGAAAUGCGACAAGACGAAAGAUCACUUGGAAACGAUGUGCAACGCCUACAGCACCAUCAUCACACACUUGGGUUGGGCGGAUCCGUAGGACUGAACUGAAAAAAACGUUUCAGGAGAAGACACCCAGCGCCAGGGACUCAUGAAGACUCCUGAACGUGCCGCCAAAGCCAUGAUGUUCUUCACCAAGGGAUACGAACAACAGCUCGAUGGUACGUGGCAAUUUUUUCAACAAAUCUUUCAAUAUUGAAACAAAUCAAAAGUGUAAGGAUGCUAAAGAUUUGAAAAAAAAAAUACUUGAAAUGAAAUGCGCACCACUUUUUCAGACUAAAUGUAUAAAUAGAUCACACUAACUCAAAAAAAAAUCUUUCAAAACGUACUAAAAUACGAAGCUUCAGGUUUAAAAAAAAACAUUUACAGAAAUCCUCAACGACGCGGUUUUCGACGAAGACCACGACGAGAUGGUGAUCGUGCGCGACAUCGAAAUGUUCUCGCUUUGCGAGCACCACUUGGUCCCGUUCCUCGGAAAGGUGAAACGAAAAGUUGUCCUGAAGAGAAAACUGACCUUGCUUUCUUCAGGUUCACAUCGGCUACCUGCCCAACAAAAAAGUGCUCGGCCUCUCCAAACUCGCCCGCAUCGUUGAGAUGUUCAGCCGCAGACUGCAAGGUAUUGACUUGUUUCGUGACUUGAGGAGAACUGAAUCUUUUCUUCUCAGUGCAAGAACGCCUGACGAAGCAAAUCGCCACGGCCAUGGUCCAGGCCGUGCAGCCCGCCGGAGUUGCUGUCGUCAUCGAAGCCAGGUAGAGCCCAUUUCUGAAUUCUUCAAAAUGAAAUCAUCAAGUUGACCUCGAUAUCUUGAGACCUAUUCAUGAUACUUGGCGUUCAUGCAUGGUCGUGUUGGGCUUCAAAAAGCACAAAAACUAAAAUUUUCUGUAUGUCGAAGAGUCAUAUUUUCUGCUGUAAAACUCUUCAAAAGUUCGAUUGGAACUUUCUAAGCUCUCUUCUAAAGAUUACGUUUUCAGCCACAUGUGCAUGGUAAUGCGAGGAGUGCAGAAGAUCAACGCAACCACUACGACUUCGUGCAUGCUCGGCGUCUUCCGGUACGUUUCCGCAGGCUAAAAAGAUUCGUUAAAAGGGAAUUGCUUGACAACAAUAUUUUCGGAAGCUCUCCCACGAGUAAACGUGAGAAUGUAAGCUUUCAAUCACAAAGUAUUAUUCUUGAUUGAAAAAACUUGUGAAUUUAUUACAGGGAUGACCCGAAAACCCGCGAAGAGUUCCUCAACCUCAUCAACAAACGAUAA